AUGACGCGCCGAAUAGUUCGCACGGGCAUCCAGCUCGUUGCCCUCACCAUCCUCCUUUCCCUUACCGUCUUCUUCCUCGACAACCGCUACCGAGUCCUCCCCCAGUCCGUUCACAGCCACCUGCCCCUCCACCACGAUGGCCUCGCCAUCACCGAUAUCACCGUGCAGACCUGCUCGACAAUCAACCCACUGUCCAAGUGUAUGCUCGACCAAAAGAUAUGGCACCGCAUAGAAAAGGAUCUCUACCUCAAUAAGGGUUGGGUUAACAGGGCAUAUGUACACGUUAAGCGGAAGAGGGAAGAGGAGCUAGGCGCCGAAGACAAGGUCAUAAUCGAUGUCCGCACAGGCAAGCUCGACCCUUCUAUUGGCGAAAAGGCGCAAGCAUCUGAAAAAUGGGAGUCGAGACCGGCAGGUGUCUGGAUCAAGAAAUCGCUAAAGCGCCAUGCCAGCGACUCCAAACAGGCCGUAACAGCCGUCGACAUCCUGUUUGGCGACGAUGCCGUAGAGCCUCGGCCUGGCUGGGCCUUGGUCAAGAAUGGUCCUCUGCACUUGGACAGCAGCAAGGAUAGCGCAGAGCCGCGCCUCACCAUACGGCGCGGUCGAGCCGUCAAGCUUGAGAAGCCGAUACCAAAGAUUAGAAAGGAUGGCAAAUUCAAGAUUAUGCAGAUAUCCGACUUGCAUCUCAGCACUGGUCUCGGCAAGUGUAGGGACGAAGAGCCCAAAGGCGCAAAUGGCGGACACUGCGAUGCUGAUCCUAGAACAAUCGAGUUUGUCGAGAGAGUGCUCGACGACGAGAAGCCUGACAUGGUUGUCUUGUCCGGCGACCAGAUCAACGGAGACACGGCUCCAGAUGUUCAAAGCGCCAUGUUCAAGAUUGUGGAUCCCCUUGCUGAGCGCAAGAUACCCUACGCCGCCAUCUUCGGUAACCACGACGAUGAAGGCACCCUCUCGCGCCACGCACAAAUGGAUCUCUACGAAUCUCUACCCUACUCCGUCAGCGAAGCAGGUACCAACACGAUUGACGGCGUCGGCAACUACUUUGUUGAGAUCCAAGCGCAUAGCAGCAAGCACUCAGCCCUAACCCUCUGGUUCCUCGACACACACUCGUACUCACCCGACGAAACCCACUACCGUGGCUACGACUGGAUCAAGCCCAACCAAAUCGAAUGGUUCAAAACCACGGCCGAAAGUCUCAAAGAAGCCCACCGCCACUACACGCACAAGCACCUCGACAUGGCCUUCAUCCACAUCCCCCUCCCCGAAUACGGCGACCGCGAUAAUGAUCGUGUAGGCAACUGGACCGAACCCAUUACCGCGCCCGCCUUCAACACGCACUUCAAAGACGCGCUCGUCGAAUUCAACAUCAAAUCCGUCUCGUGCGGCCACGACCACGUAAACGACUACUGCUCGCUCGCCAAGGACCCCAGCACUAGCGAACCCCAAAUCUGGAUGUGCUAUGCCGGUGGCAGCGGGUUUGGGGGCUAUGGCGGCUACAACCAUUUCCAUCGCCGGCUCCGCGUUUUCGAGAUUGAUACGAAUCAAGCGCGUAUUGUGACAUGGAAGAGGCUCGAGUAUGGGGAUUUGGAUUUGAAGCUGGAUGCGCAGAUUAUUGUGGAUUCCGGGAGGGUUAUGCCGAUUCAGGUGGGGAACCAAGAGUGA